CAAAAAUUAGCCAAUGAAAAGAAGUGUUACAAAGGCAAAGUUGGAAAUCAACAACAGUUCCGGAAUAAGGAAUAACCCACCCUUCUUUCAGAGGAAAAACUCACUGCUAAAAUGAUUUUGCUUGAAUUCCAUAACAGAAUUGUCGAAGAAACACUGAAUUUAAGAUUUAAAAACGCAAAAGAAGGAAACAAACCAGAAUCCAUUGAUGUCACUGUUGCAGAUUUCGAUGGAGUUUUAUUCCAUAUAUCAAACCCCGAAAAUGACAAAACCAAAAUAAUAGUCAGUAUUUCACUGAAAUUUUACAAAGACUUAGAAGAGCAUGGUGCUGAGGAUUUAAUCAAAAGAGAAUAUGGUGACUUUAUGACUACAACAGAAGAUGGUUACAGUGUGUCGCUUCUGUACAAUUUAGAGACCAUUCCUGAUGACUUUGAAGAAAUUGUUAAGAAAGCAGCUUUACUGAAAAGGCAUUGUUUUGCAUCAGUGUUUGAGAAAUAUUUUGAGUUUCAGGAAAAGGGAGUAACUGGUACCAAAAGAGCAGUCAUACAGUACAGAGAUGAUGAAACUAUGUAUGUUGAGGCACAAAAAGACAGAGUGACAGUUAUAUUCAGUACAGUGUUUAAAGAUGAUGACGAUAUUGUUAUAGGAAAAUUAUUUAUGCAGGAAUUUAAAGAAGGAAGAAGAAAUUAUCAACAAGCACCACAAGUUUUGUUUAGUCACAAAGAACCUCCAAUGGAAUUAAAAGGAACAGACGCUCGUGGUGGGGAUAAUGUAGGAUAUAUUACUUUUGUUUUGUUUCCUCGUCACACUGGUGCAGCUGUACGUGAUAAUACGAUCAACUUAAUCCACACACUCCGAGAUUAUUUACAUUAUCAUAUAAAGUGCUCUAAGGCAUAUAUCCAUUCGAGGAUGAGAGCAAAGUGUUCAGAUUUUCUAAAAGUACUGAACAGAGCACGACCAGAUCAACAGAAAGAAAAGAAAACAAUCACUGGCAAGACUUUCAAGAUGAAUUGAUAAAUAGUAUAUGUGACUUGAUAUUUUGGUGCAAAAUUACAGAAGUGGCUUUACAUCUCUCAGUCGUCUAGCAGUAUGAAGAAGUUGUGGGAUAGGAACAAUUGGCUGGACCAAUGUUUUAUUUUUAAAUUGUAUGCUAAUGUAUAGAAUGCAUUUAAUAUUAAAAACUGCUGAUAACAUUUAGGCAUCUAACAAAAAGAUAUUUUGCAAAUUAAACAGUCAUUAACAUUAUGGAUUUCAAUUUUAACCAUUUUUAUCUCCCUUUCAAAGUACACAAUCAAUAUUUUCUGAUACGAUUUGUUCUGAAUUUUUCAUCUGUUUUUUGAUUUUAUAUAUUCAAACACAUACUUAAAAUGAAAAGUAAAUGUGGUUAAUAAUGAGUAAAUAUUUAGAUACUAUUUUUUGUAUGCUGUCUCAUAAUACAUAAGUUAUGCCUGCAAUUAUGGGCGGUGACCCAAGUUAUAAUAAUGUAAUACUUUUCCGAUUAUUUUCUAUACCAGUUGUAUAUAGAUGAAAGAUAAUGGGAUUAUAAUUUAGUAUUUUUUUUACAGUCAUAUUUGAUGAUGAACUGUUCAUUUUUAUAUGCUAAUGUUGAAAAGAUAUAUUUCAACAUUAUAAUGCCAGAACAAAUGCCAUGUACACUUGGCUGUAUAAAUAUUUAUAAAUAAAAUUAUUAAUAAUU